AUGACGGUCGCAACUCCGCACCUCAGCUACCGAUGGACGCACUGGCUCGCCUUGGCCUUUGAGAAGGCAGGAGGGAGCCUCCCAUGCCCCGUCUCGUCACAAGGUGCCCACCUCGUCCACCCGCCGCCGACGCCAGCGCUGCGAGAUGCCCCCAUCGAUCCCACUUUCGCCCAGACCCUCACGGACCGACUAAACAAGCUUGUUCGAAGACAGGAGAUCCGCGUCAAUAUGUACGGCGCUACUUUUGCGGAGGAGUGGCCGAUCUCGCGCACGCCGAUGCAGGAGGCGCGUGAGGCCAAGGCGAGGGUGCAGCAGUUUCACGAGCAGCAGCUGCGCCUCGACUCGGAUUCGCCCUCGGAGUCAGAGGAGGAUGUCCCGAAUGUCCGUCCACAGCUGCCAUCGCCGGUCGGUACAGAAGAUGGGGAAGAACGCGUGUCGGCUCAACCAACGGCUCAGUUUGUCAGAUCGUCUCGGGCGCACCCUCCGCUCAAGCGCAAGCGAACGGUUUCGACCCUUCCGACUUCGGCCGAUCGUCGGACCAGUAGACGAUUGAGACCGCGCCGACAGACGUGA